AAGUGCACAAUAAGCUUACAAGUGCCGGUCACAAUUUUGAAUAAGAGAUUGUUGUCAAUCCACGCGCGAUAGUGCGGAAAUCACGUGAUGAAAAUACGCCUGAAAAUUGCCCUCGUCCGUGAAAUGUGAUAUAGUUUUUCUUCCAAUUGGGUGGAAAUUGGCUUAAUAUUAGACUGCAUCGAGUGCCGCAGUGUUUUGAUCAGUGGAACACCCCAAGCCAUGCAGCGGCAAAAUGUGAACCUGUUUGGACGUACUCAGUGCGAGUCCUACGCGAUAAAUGCGCAGUACAGGGGAAAUUAGAGGCCGUCUGCAGAGGACUUCUUCCUCCGGCCCUCCCCACUCGCACGGGCACGGCCCAAUCGGUCCCGCUCUCGCUCCACGUAUUCCUGGCAUACGAGGAAUAAGAAGCAAAUAAAUUGCAUCCAAUCCAGUCCAGACUUUGAACUUGCACUUGUGUGCGUGUGUGUGUGCCCGCCCGCUUCUUUAUGUGCAUGUGUGUGUGUACGGAAAACAAAAGAAAAGCCCCCAGCGUGAUAGGCGCAGGGGAAGCAGCGACAAAAGAAGCGAAAACCAGCCCCUGCCCCGUCUAUAAUCAAUACAAAGACACGAUGUUCUCCCUGCCCUGGCUGCUCCUCAUGGGCGCUCUGCUGCUCCUCAGCUCCAGCAGCGCCACCCCAAUUGAAUUGGUCAUGAAUACCAGUUCCUCGAUCGGGGCCACCACCCCCGAAGCAGGCAAGUGGCAGCCACCACCAGAAGCAGCAGCAGUAGCAGCAACGACGACGACAAGGGCGCCAACGGUGAAAGCAGACGAAACAGCUGGCCAGGCUUAUCUAACAAAAUCGACGUCGCCAUCGCCGACGACGUUGUCCGCUGAUAACAGGAGCCAUGACAGCAACAUCAACAGCAAUAACAAAAGCAGCCUCAACAAUAGCAAUAGCCACGGCUACAGCAACAACAGUGCAGUGGCUAUGCUGCUGCCGCAAGACGGCGAUGGAUCAGCCGCUGCCCCACAGCCGCACGUCACGCAGUUGCCACCCUACGUGCCGCAACAGCAACAGAGCAGCAAGAAGCACGACAAAACCGUAAAAUGUCACUGCGACAUCUGCAAGGAGACGAACCAGAUCUGCGAGACGGACGGCUACUGCUUCACGUCGGUGGAGAAGAAUGCGGACAACAAGAUCAUCUUCAGUUUCCGAUGCCUGAAUAUGUCGCAGAGCUUUCCGCCAGGCCGCUUCAUCUGGUGCAACGAGGGUCGCCAUGGCGGACCCACGGCUCGGCCGGCUGCCCGCAGGGGCGGACACGCCUGUUGCAACGAUCGGGACUUCUGCAACCGGCAGCUGCGGCCCGUCAUCAAGUACUAUGCGGUGGCCACGCCCACAUGGGAGGAUGGUGACAACGAUGCCGUGCGGCAGCAGCCAUCGGCCACCUUCGAAGCAACAAGCGACGUAAUACAGAAGCAGCAGUAG